AUGACCGAGCUGGAGACUGCAAUGAAUCUUUUAAUUGAUGUCUUUGACAAAUAUUCAAUAGUCAAGGACACUGGGGAAAGAAAGAAAACUUUAACCAAAGGGACAAUGAAGACUUUGCUGGACAAGGAACUGCCAGGGAUGGUAAAAAAUGCAAAAGACAAGGAGGAGGGUGACAAACUCCUAAAGAAUCUGGAUGAAAAUCGAGACAGUGAAAUGGAUUUUAAGGAAUUUCUUGAAUGUGUUGCUGCGCUCACCUGUAUGGGAGAUGAAAAGAUUUGCCAACAAGCCUGAAAAAUACUUACUUCAAUUAUUCUGCUGUUGAUAAAAAAAAGUUCUGUAUUUCAUA